AUGAGCAUCCUUGGCUAUAAACUCGGCCACAUCCGGGUGUUCUCUUCCUUGUUUUCACUCAGAAAAACGAAGAACAACUCGAAAUACUGGUCCAUGCUGAGCCUUGACGAUUACCGAGGACGACCACCAGCUGGUUCGGAAUACCUCGGCGGCUACAAACUCGAGUCCGAUCGUUCUUUUACGCCCAUCAGCAAAGAGAAAUCAUCAGAUGAGCAGGAAAUGGAAGAAAUGAUCAAUGCCAUGCUCCGAUCGCCAAACAAAGCUAUCGGCUUUGAACCAAAGAACUUUAUGCCUUCUUGA